UCCCCCGGGGGGCCUCUCUAUUUAUAUGUAAAACUUUAACCUUCUUCUCAAGGUUCAGCAUAAGAAAGGGUAUUCAGUUUUUCCCAUUGCGGAGAAGAGAAGAAGAGAAAAAAACUUUAUAUAAAUAUGGGUAUAUGCAGUUCUUGCGAGUCAUCGUCAUCUGCGGUGACGGCCAAGUUGAUAUUUGAUGAUGGGAGAUUACAGGAAUUUUCAUAUCCGAUAAAGGUUUCAUAUGUUUUGCAAAAGAACCCUACAUGUUUCAUUUGUAAUUCCGACGAAAUGGAUUUUGAUGUUGCCGUGUCGGCUGUAAAUCAUGACGAGAUGCUUCAGCCGGGUCAGCUGUAUUUUGCACUGCCGUUGAGCCGGUUGAAGCGUCGGCUGAAGGCGGAGGAAAUGGCCGCACUGGCCGUAAAAGCCUCCUCCGCAUUGACCAAGAGUGGUGAUAAAUGCCGGUGCCGCCGGAAAAUAUUGGUGUUUUCCGGUGAUAAUGAUCUGAAGACGGCCCACGUUGGAAAUGCCGGGAUCAGAACUGGGAAGCUGACGACAAUACCUGAGUAGGGUUGUUUUGAGAAAUUCAUUUUGUACAUAAUAGUCUAGUUUAAUGACAGACGAGUUAAGGUUCAUUAGCAGAUCAGCUAUGUAACCAAAUUCUGCAAAUGGCUGAUUUAAAGAGGCAGUACCUUUUCUCUUAAUUACUGCUGCUUUAAUUUCCUUUUCCUCUCGAAAAACAUUGUUAUGCCUCAAAAAUGUCCUCAUAACUAAUUAAUUGAGUUGAAAAUCAAUAUCAGUAGAAAAUUAUUUUUGUUAUCUAUCAACUCUUUCAAUUGCAAAAAGGUCAGUUUUUG